GUCGGCACCGCCGCCCGUCCGGUCCCGGGCCUGCCUCCUCGCCAUGGCCGCGGCCUCCUCCCCGCCCAGGGCCGAGAGGAAGCGCGGGGGCUGGGGCCGCCUGCUGGGCGCCCGGCGGGGCAGCGCGGGCCCGGCCAAGAAGUGCCCGUUCUCGCUGGAGCUGGCGGAGGGCGGCCCCGCGGGCGGCGGCGCGCUCUACGCGCCCGUGGCGGCCCCGGGCGGCUCGGGGCCGGCGCCCCCCGCCGCGCCCCCCGCCGCGCCCCGCGCCCCGGACCCCGGCCCGCGGCCGCCCGUGAGCCUCGACCCGCGCGUCUCCAUCUACAGCGCGCGCCGCCCGCUGCUCGCGCGCACGCACGUCCAGGGCCGCGUCUACAACUUCCUGGAGCGCCCCACCGGCUGGAGGUGCUUCGUCUACCACUUCGCCGUCUUUCUCAUCGUGCUGGUGUGCCUCAUCUUCAGUGUGCUGUCCACCAUCGAGCAGUACGCCGCCCUGGCCACCGGGACCCUCUUCUGGAUGGAAAUCGUCCUGGUGGUGUUCUUUGGAACGGAGUAUGUGGUCCGCCUCUGGUCUGCAGGCUGCCGCAGCAAGUAUGUGGGCAUCUGGGGCCGGCUGCGCUUUGCCCGGAAGCCCAUUUCCAUCAUCGACCUCAUCGUGGUCGUGGCCUCCAUGGUUGUCCUGUGUGUGGGCUCCAAAGGGCAGGUGUUUGCCACGUCGGCCAUCAGGGGCAUUCGCUUCCUGCAGAUCCUGCGGAUGCUGCACGUGGACCGCCAGGGGGGCACCUGGAGGCUGCUGGGCUCCGUGGUCUUCAUCCACCGCCAGGAGCUGAUCACCACCUUGUACAUCGGCUUCCUGGGCCUCAUCUUCUCCUCCUACUUCGUGUACCUGGCUGAGAAGGACGCUGUGAACGAGUCGGGCCGGGUGGAGUUUGGCAGCUACGCGGACGCGCUGUGGUGGGGGGUGGUGACAGUCACCACCAUCGGCUACGGGGACAAGGUGCCCCAGACGUGGGUGGGGAAGACCAUCGCCUCCUGCUUCUCUGUCUUCGCCAUCUCCUUCUUUGCCCUCCCGGCGGGCAUCCUGGGCUCUGGCUUUGCCCUGAAGGUCCAGCAGAAGCAGCGGCAGAAGCAUUUCAACCGGCAGAUCCCGGCCGCUGCCUCGCUCAUUCAGACAGCGUGGAGGUGCUACGCUGCGGAGAACCCCGACUCCUCCACCUGGAAGAUCUACGUCCGGAAGCCCACCCGGAGCCAUGCGCUGCUCUCCCCAAGCCCCAAGCCCAAGAAAUCCGUCACGGUAAAGAAAAAAAAGUUCAAACUGGACAAAGAUAAUGGGGUGAGCCUGGGGGAGAAGACACUCACCGUCCCCCACAUCACGUGUGACCCCCCGGAGGACAGCUAUGAAAGCUCUGUGAAGAAGAGCCCCACACUGCUGGAAGUCAGCCCAGCCCACUUCCUGAGAACCAACAGUUUUGCUGAGGACCUGGAUCUGGAAGGGGAGACCCUGCUAGCGCCCAUCACCCAUGUGUCACAGCUGCGCGAGCACCACCGAACCACCAUCAAAGUCAUCCGGCGCAUGCAGUACUUCGUGGCCAAGAAGAGAUUCCAGCAAGCGCGGAAGCCCUACGAUGUGCGGGACGUCAUCGAGCAGUACUCUCAGGGCCACCUGAACCUCAUGGUGCGCAUCAAGGAGAUGCAGAGAAGGCUGGACCAGUCCAUCGGGAAGCCCUCUCUGUUCAUCCCCAUCUCAGAGAAGAGCAAAGACCGAGGCAGCAACACCAUCGGCGCCCGCCUGCACCGGAUGGAAGACAAGGUGACACAGCUGGACCAGAGGCUGGUGCUCAUCACAGACAUGCUCCACCGACUGCUCUCCUCCCACCAAGCCCCCCCGGCCCGCAGCAGCCCGGCCCACGGCGAGGACGGCUCCAUCCGCCCUGAGCUCUUCCUGCCCAGCAACGCCCUGCCCACCUACGAACAGCUGACCGUGCCCCCCAGAAGCCCCGACCCCAGCUCCUGAGGAGGCAGGGCUCUGGGAGGGGAGCCCCUCUCCACGGGGCACGGCGGGGAGGCCCUGAGGCCGGCGCCUGGCGCCUCAGCCCCGGGGGUCACACUGGUGCCCAGCUGAGCCCGGCGGGGGCCCCCUUAGGCCCAUUCUCGACCUGGACUGGGUGUGCACCGCCGCUCGGGUGACGCAUCCCGAACGGUGGCAGGGGCAAUGGUCAGCUGGCCUGGCCGGGUGACCCUGAGGGAAGACACUGACUUCCUGAGGAGAGACCACGGAAAGGCCCAGAAAGGUCCAGGGGGCUCAUCCCAGCCUCCAGUCUAAGUUGGACAGAGAAUGGGCAGCGCAGAGCGGGGCGGGGCCAGCCCCGGGCCCUGUCGGGAGGGUCUGCCUCCCUCCUUCCCACAGAGGAGGACGCCGGGGCAGGGGGCUGCAGGCACCCGGCUUCCCGGGGCACCCCCUGGACAGGAUGCCUGUCCCAGCCCUCUGCCCCACUCAGGACAGGCAUGGAGAGCCGAGUCCUCUGCCCUCUCCCUCCGGUCUCCGUCUCUCCCCCUCUCUCCAGCCCCUCCCCCCAAUAGCCUGCCACUCCCCCGCCAUGGGACAGAUGGACAGAGGCCCCGGCAGGAGCUGCACUGGCGAGGCGCGGGGCGGAGGUGGGCUGGAGGCUGCCACGGGCCCCCUGGACGGCCCUUCCCUGCGGGCCUCGCAUCUCCUGGGCAUCAGGAUAAUCUGUGGUGAUGGGGAAUCUGUGUUUUAAUGAGGUUCACGGUGUGGUUGUGAUUAAUCAUUCUGCAGGGUUUUCCUAAUAAACAUGGAG